AUGGAGAGUAAAUGCAAGCAUGAGCAGAGUGCCCAGGCUGCUUGCCUAGUGAGAGCUGGACUGAAAACAUGCGUAUUUCUUCCCGGAGACCUUGAAUAUCAGACAAGCAUAGGCUCCUAUUUCUCCAACACAGCAAAGCUCGCACCGGCUUGUGUCUUUAUUCCGGAGUCAACCGAACAGAUCUCCCGAGCUGUCAAAGCACUGGUCGCUGCCAAAGAAAAAUUUGCCAUUCGCAGCGGUGGACACGCCCCAUUGAGCGCGGCGAAUAACAUUCAGAACGGCGUGGCAAUUGAUCUAAGUCAACUGAACAGCAUCCAGUAUGACGCUGAGUCCAAGCUGGUGACUUUUGGUCCCGGUGUUCGUUGGAAGCACAUCUAUCACGAACUCCAAAAACACGAGCGUGUCGUCGCUGGUGGCAGGGAAGGCGAAACUGGUGUUGCAGGUUUCCUUCUAGGAGGCGGGAAUACCUGGUUCACCGCACAGAAAGGGUUCGGGUGCGACAAUGUUGUGUCUUAUGACAUCGUAUUGGCGGAUGGCCAGAUUAUCACGGCUAAGCAGGGAUUAAACGCUGAUCUUUUCCGUGCUCUCAAGGGCGGUUCCAACAAUUUUGGCAUCGUUGUGAAAGAUAUCAUUGUUGGAGGAGCACUUGUGGAGACACGAGGCGUUAAAGACGCUCCUGCAUUCGCGGAAUGGUUCAAGUUACCCAAGAUCAUGGAUACAACCAAGUCCAAGUCGAUAUUAGAUAUGGGGCUUGAAACUGCACUGCCUUACAACUUAUACGAUACUUGGUUCACAUUGACCAUUAAGAACGAUACCCGUAUCAUGUCCAAAGCGGCAGAGAUCCACGAUACACUUGUCGAAGAACUGAGAUCCUACAUCCCCGAAGGAGAUUUCAUCACUCAAUGCCUCUUUCAGUCGUUGCCAAUGACUUGCGCCAAACACUCUGUGGCUAUCGGUGGAAACGUGAUGGGCAUCGAGCGCAACAAGUCCGACGGGCUUAUUUGGCAACUGAAUGCUAUGGUGAAGACUGCCGAUCAGAACGACUUCGCAUACGCCAAGGUGAAAGCUGGUGUAAAAGCUAUCAAGGAAUUUGCAGGCUCCGUAGAGGGGGGUUUACUGGACUGGAUCUAUCUCAACUACGCAGAUCGAAGUCAGGAUCCCCUUGGAAGCUAUGGUGCUGAGAACUUGAGGCUGCUGAAAGAAGUUGCCGCAAGGUACGACCCCGGUCGUGUAUUCCAGACAUUGUGCCCAGGAGGCUUCAAGCUUUCCGUGACGGACUCAUAUGGGGUAAUCGCAGAACAGGAGUAA